AUGGUGUCCCUUAUUGGUGAAGAGGUGCCCACUCAAACCUCCGAGGAUCUCGGAUUCGAGAGUCUCGGCUCCAAGUACGUGCUCCCUGGUUACGCGGACAACGAGAUUCCGCCCGCCGCUUUGGACAACUUGGCCAUCGAUAACAAUACACAGCGAUACAUUGCCUGCUGUGGUGGGAAAGCUAUUGUAGGGUCAUUACAGGACCUGCGGGACUCCGUAUGUGGUGGGCAGGAGGUCGCAGCAGCACCUAUUUGGGAAAAAUCGGCCGUCGCAGCGACGAUUACAGUUGGAUUCUUGGACAGUGGGGAGGCAAUGAUCGCCGCAGAGAAUGGUCACAUAACUCUGCUUUCAUUCGAUGGUGCUGCUUCGAAAAGUGAGGUCGUUAUCCCGUUGGACGAAGGUGUUUCAAUUCUGCAAUUGACCCAAGUACACGGCGGGCAGCAAGUCCUAUUUCUGGACUCCCAACAUAGACUCGCACUGUUUGACCUGUUCUCCCACGAAACGACCGUGACAGGAGAGAGCGUAUACUGUUUUGCGUUAGAUUUCUGUGCAGGGAGACAACUCGUCGUCGCGCUCACCGCAACGGCCAUCGUGUCGGGUGAACUGGCACACCCUGCCACGACAAUAGUUCUUAACGCAACCACACCGUACCCAGAUGAAAUAACGCAAGAAUUGAGAGAAGAAAACAGGAUACCUUUGAGCGUGUCUGUGUUGGACGCGUCGGGACAGUUACUUUUGGCUUUCGGGAAUGACAUCCCACAGCCAGAUGAUGACGUAUUUUACGAUAACAAGACAUAUGUGGUCAAUUGGGAUCCGCUUCAUGAGAACCAAGAGCCCACUUUUGCAGAGUCACUGGACAUUGCGCCCUCAUUCGGGAGUAUAAGAAGGUACCCGAACUACUACAACAUUACGCUAGAUAAGCUGGUUGAUAACACGGGCAAGAUCAACAUCAUAAGCUCAGCAGUAUCGAGUGAGUUGACAAUAUGGGAUGGCCAAGAAGUUAUGCAACCAGAUCAGGACAGCGAAAGGGCAGUUUUGCCCAUCAGUGAAAGCACAGAUAACGAUAUGAACCCUGUCGGGGUCGCACUGGACUACUCUUCAAGUGGUAUUAUAAAUCAGCCGUGCCCAGGUGUAGAAUCCGUGGAAAAACUGCCGCUAGUGUACGUCUUGACCAAUGAUGGGCUACUUCUCAUAUUCGCAUUCUACCACUCCCGCGCUAUCAAGGAGAACCGUUUGCACAUGGAGAAUUUGGGGGCAUUGACAAAUCAAUCUAAUGACACUACCAAAACGCAAGGGACUUUUGAGACAAUUGGAGAUUCUGCACAACUGAACACUGCACAAUCCGAUCAGCAACCUGCAAAGUUGCCUGUAAACGCAACUGAAACUGACGAUAUCACCUCAUCUGUCAACUCAUUUAAGUUUGGAACCGAGCAAGACUCUGAUAAGCAACCAGCGACCACCCCAGCAUUUGGUGCUCCCUCGUUCCAAUCAAAUGAUAACCCGUUCUCAAUGGUAUCGAAGGAAACGACGGUAACCGAGGAAUCGGGUGCUGAAAGCACCUUCGGUAAACCCGCAUUUGAUUCCUCAUCUUUCAACACCUCCAAAGUUGCCCCGCAACAGAAUACUGACAAUAACUCUACGGAAACAGCGGCUUUUGGUAAACCGGCUUUUGGGGCGGCUCCCGCAUCGACCGCACCGGCAUUUGGAAGUUCGACUUUUGGAUCAGGUGCGUUUGGAGGUAACAGUACUAGUAACGACAACACAUCCUCGUCUACGGCUUUUGGUAAACCAGCAUUUGGGUCAACUGGGUUUGCGUCUGUAGCAAAAGAGUCAACAACUUCAGGAGCAUUUGGGAAGCCGGCGAUUGGUUCCAGUGGGUUUGGCACUACUGUUAACGAAGCUAGCACAACAACAACUUCCGGAGCAUUUGGCAAACCGACAUUUGGUUCUAGUGGAUUUGGUGCUACCGUUAACGAAGCUAAUAAGACGACAACUGCCGGAGCGUUUGGCAUACCAGCAUUUGGAUCUAGUGGAUUUGGUGCGACAAUCAACGAGUCAAAACAGACAACAACUUCGGGAGCAUUUGGCGCCUUUGGCGCCUUUGGUAAACCGGCAUUCGGCUCAAAUGGCCCUGGUGAAAAUGCUAAUGCUUCUCCGUUUGCCUCGUUAGCUAAUUCAUCCGCCAGCUCUGGGUUUGCAAAGGCGGCAACAGGUGCCUCUCCAUUUUCAUCUCUCAAACAGCAAGAAUCGCCCUUUGCUGCUGUAAAAUCACAAGAAUCUCCGUUCGCUGCUUUGAUUGAAAAUCAAAAGAAGGCUGUUAAUGAGAAAGUAGACAGUGGUAACUCUUUAGAGGAGAAGGAGGAAACAUUCCGUACUGAUGGGUCAGUAGGAACCGACGAAGAUGAAGAAGCGGAAGACUCUGCCUCGGAUGAUCUAUCUGACUCAACUGUUGAGCAAACACCUUUUGAACCGACUGUAGGUUCAAACGAGGGUAAACCUUCGAUCACGACGAUCACUGAAGCAAUUAAGAAGAAUGCGAAUGUGUCCACUGCUAAUAUCCCAACUCCUACUUUUGCAACAUCGGGUCUUGGAGGGUCAGCCACGGAAAAUGUGAAAUCUCCAUUUGCAUCUUUUGCACAGAACUUGGGGAAGCCUGUCACUCCAACGUUUUCGAUCUCUAAUUUAAAUCUAGGAAAAGAAACUACACAAGAUCUGAAGGACGAUUCUAGAUUUUCAAAGGUGGAAAGUGAUAAAGAGCAGGAACCUCACGAUGCAAGCGAAAAGGAUGAAUCUGCGCAUAUGACUUCCAAAGACGAUGAAGAGCUGCCAGCCGAUACACAAAAAUUUGGCAAUGACGCAGAGACUGACACAAAACCGGAAGAAAACAAACAAAAGGACGGUAACAAGCAGCUGGAAGAACAGUCUGAAGACGACUUCAAAGAACAUUCUGAACACUUUGAAAAGGACCUCGAGGAACACUCUGAACACUCCGAAGAGGAACUCGAAGAAAAGCUUGAGCAACUGUCAGCAGGUGAAUCUGAGACACCGAUAGAAACUGAAGAGAAGUCGGAGGAACCAAAUGUAGAGGUUCCGGCUGAUAAACCAUCUUCUGAUCUUGAAGAAGCUUCAAAAGAAGGCGAUACGCCAGAAAGUUUAGAUAGAGAAGUAACGGAAGAGGCAAUCGAAGAUGAAAGUUCAGCAAAUGUUGAACAAUGGCAUUCUGAGGAUUUCAAAGGUCUGGACGAGUCAGAAGUGGAUGUUCAUACUCCGGUCGAUGAGGAAACUGAAGAUGCAGAGGAGUCAACAGAUGUAGACAAGUCAAGAAAUGACGAGGAAGAUAGCGAGGCACCCAAUAAUGACAUUUCUGAUAACGAUGCUGAAGAACAAAACAGUAAUGAGGAAAAGAAAAUAGAAGCAAAAGACAUCAGUGCUGAACCACUCGAUGAUCUGAGCGACAUUAUCCAGGAGGAACUGGAGGGGGCCAAAGGUAGUGGUGUCAAUAAAACUCAGUCACUUUCUGAGACCUCAGUCCAGGCGACUCCCGAGUUGGUAGACGUCGAGGUUCACACCGAGCUGUCUGAAACUUCAGAUUUUGGGGUACAAGCCGAGACUACUUUUGCUGAUGCAGAUGUUCAGACAGAUCCCAUUGAAACAUGUUCAUUUAGUGUUCAGGCUUUUAAAAACGACGAAAACUAUGCAGCUGAACAAUAUCUACCGAAACCACUGAAGGAAUACUACACCAAUGCGGAAAUACGAAACAUCCCAUACACGUCGGAAGACCCUACCAUGCAAUUGUUCGAAAGUACUUACCAUCAGAUCAACGCAGAAUUUGCUGUUCUCGAGGAAAAUAUUGCAAAUUUGAAGGAGUUCUUGAAGGACCAGUGUACUUUGGAACUGCCUCAGCGUAGUGAGGCCUCCGUGGGGAACUUAUACGCUUGGAGAAUAUCAGAGGGUGAACGGUUACAAAAGAUUGUAAGGGACAAAAGGGGAGCUUUUGAGGAGACAAAAUCAAGUGUUGAAACACUUUCUGAGACCCUGAAAAGCAUGCUUGAGAAGGAGAUGUCUGAUCUGGCGACCGAAAAAACGCAGGUGAGUGAUCAUUAUUACCGAUUGCAAUAUAUUGUAGAGGAAUCGUUCGAUGACAGGUACACUCCCUUAAGUUUCCAUCAAAAAAACAUGCAAAACAAAUUGCGGUUUGCAAUGGAUAUCUUGAAGAAGAAAGAAAAGGAAAUAGACGAAAUCUUAAAGCUUUUAAAGAUCUUUUUACAAUAUCAAAAAGAUCCUUCCAGGUACGAACAGAUUGUUUUAUCGCUAACUUCCUCUUUGUCUUUUAAACCGUUUAGGGGCAUAGCCUCUUUUGGUAAAGAGGAGGAUCUCAGUGCCACAGAUAUAACAAAAAAAGAGAUUGAGUCAAUAGAUGUUGUUCAAACAGGCCUUGAGCUAAACACCAAGAGGGAGAUUGGUGCAUUUUUCAAAACAAUGCAGGAAGGACGGCACUGA